ACGUGCAGAAGCAGUACGAGUGYGCCAACUUUGGCGAGCAGGGCAUCACCGUGGGCUGUUGGGACGUUUACCGGCACGACAUCGACUGCCAGUGGAUCGACAUCACCGACGUCCCGCCCGGCGAUUACCUCUUCCAGGUCGUGAUCAACCCCAAUUACGAGGUGGCCGAGUCGGAUUAUUCCAACAAUGUCAUGAAGUGCCGGAGCCGCUACGACGGGCACCGCAUCUGGAUGUACAACUGCCACAUAG